AUGGCCGACGAUGGAAUGCUUAUGAACUUUACCAUUGGCGACAGUGUCAUCAAGCCUGAAGCCAAGUUUAAAGGAGGAACAUGGCGAGACCGACUGACUGCAAAGAAGCGCUCAGCCCACCGAGGAUCCGAGAAAGCACCCGGAGAUGCAGCUGCGCGCAAUGCAGCAUCCAAGAACCCGAACCAGGUCCAACUCGGUACGCGACCAGUGAAAAGACAAAGGACCGAAGACUCAGACUCGUUCAACCGCCCGAGCGCCCCGCGCUCUGGUGGUGAUCGACGACCACAGCAACAUCCACGAGACCCCAAACAUUUCCUGGAGCUCAAGGCGCCGACGGCUAUCCAAAGAAGCUCAAUUACACAAUUGCUGAAGGAGGAAAGUGACGCUUUCAUCCAGGCCGAAACUGGUUCCGGAAAGACUCUGGCUUACCUUCUGCCGCUGGUGCAGCGGAUUAUGGACCUCUCAAAAGCGACUAACGAACAUAACGAUACCCAAGUCCACCGAGACAGUGGAUUGUUCGCUAUUAUUUUGGCACCCACCCGUGAACUAUGCAAGCAGAUCUCCGUCGUGUUGGAGAACAUUCUGCGCUGCGCGAACUGGAUUGUAUGUGGAACGGUAAUUGGUGGAGAAAAGAAGAAAUCAGAGAAGGCACGGUUGAGAAAGGGAUUGAACAUUCUUGUCGCAACACCUGGUCGAUUGGUAGACCACCUCGACAAUACGGAAGCGUUGCAGGUCGGCAAUGUGCGGUGGCUCGUACUUGACGAGGGUGAUCGCUUGAUGGACAUGGGCUUCGAGGAGGAAUUGCAAGGCAUUGUCAAGAAACUUGACGCUAGACAACGCCCUAGUCGCGUUCCCGGUGUCCCUACUCGCAGGACAACGAUUCUGUGUUCUGCUACUCUGAAGAUGAAUGUCCAAAAGCUGGGAGAAAUCAGUUUGAAGGACGCGGUACACAUCAAGGCCGACCCGUCCGAUGAGGAUGAGGAGAAGACAAAUAAGGACGAGGAAGAGUCAUUCCGCGUCCCGGCUCAGCUCAAGCAAUCGUACGCGAUUGUUCCAGCUAAGCUACGUCUGGUCUCAUUAACAGCCUACUUGAAGAGGACGUUCAUGCGGAAGGGAUCAGUGAUGAAGGCGAUUGUUUUCAUGUCUUGCGCCGACGUAGUCGAUUUCCAUUUUGAGCUAUUCUCAAGGAAUCAAGAUCGCGAGCAACAAAGGAAGAGCGACGAAGAAAACAAGAAGGACGAAAAAGAUCAGAAAGACGAAAAAGACGAAGAAAAGGAGAAACUGUCACCCCACGGCACCAUUGCUCCCGGUAGAGCGUUUUCGACCCCGACGAAUCCAGUCAUCUUACACCGACUGCACGGCUCGCUUCCCCAGAAUGUUCGAACUGCUACGCUCGGCUCUUUCUCUCGCAGUACUGAGGCUUGUGUCAUGAUCUGUACUGAUGUGGCUUCCCGUGGUUUGGAUUUGCCCAACGUGGACUUGGUUGUCGAAUAUGACCCGGCCUUCAGCUCCGAUGACCACACUCAUCGUAUUGGUCGUACUGCUCGUGUGGGACGAGACGGCCGUGCCCUCAUUUUCCUCCAGCCUGGCUGUGAGGAGAACUAUGUCGAAGUUCUGAAGCGCGGCUACCGCGACGGAGGCAAGGCACUCACCCGCACUGAUGCAAACGAGAUUCUCAAGCGUGGCUUUGGCGGCAACGAUAACAAAAAGAAGAACUGGGAGGAGAAGACGACCGAUUGGCAGAUGGACGUGGAGCGUUGGGCACUUGAUAACCCAGACUAUUUGGAAAUGGCUCGACGGGCGUUCCAAUCUCAUGUCCGGGCUUACGCGACCCACACCGCAGCUGAAAGGAGCAUGUUCAACAUUAAGGAACUCCACUUGGGCCAUCUGGCGAAGAGCUUCGCCCUGCGUGACCGACCGGGUAAAAUCAACGUCCCUGGUCUGCGACCUGGACAAGAAGACACCAAGAAGGACUUCAAGGCAGCGCGAAACGGUGUUGCAGGAAAUAAGAGGAAGGCCGAGGAUGCUCCAUCUUCCACAAAUGUUGCGGAUGAGGCUGCUCGCAAGAUGAGAGCCAAGAUGAGGGAGCAUAUGUCUGGAGCGAACGAGUUCAACUUGGCUUGA